UGUGAAGUUAUCACAUGCUAUUGAAAGACAAACACUGUCGCUCAUGACCAUUGAUAUGGUAAAGUCAUUGGCGCCUUGGAGUUGCCUGGGAGACGCUCAAACAUCAUGCGCAGUUACUCUGCAGUGAUGCAAGCUGUCCCAACUCACCACACACCCGCUAAGUGCGAUCAACCAGCGAGAAGAAUAAAGACGAUACGCUCAUCUUGAACAUGUUAUGUGGGCAAAAGAACAGGUAUUUUAGAACCAUUGCGCAUUACCGGAUUCAUUCAUUUUUUUAAGACAUGGAAGCGAACCUGCUCAUCACCUGAAGACAACUGUCCCAGUUGAAGUGCUAUGGCCCCUGCUGCAGUGAAGAGUCCUAGCCUCAGGCCUUCAUAGUGGACAUUGCCCUAUCAACACACACAGGUGUAGGCCAGGGUCAGACUCCCGGAGCAGGGAUGAUCACUUCUCACCAGAACGGAGGACCCGGAUAUGUAACAGAGGACCCAAUGGGGCCUGUAAAUGGCACGGAGGGUCCUGGGAGUGGAGACAAGCUGCAGCAGAGAGAGAGGGCUGUGGAUGUCCCCCCUGGGGACCGGGUGGUGGGAACUGUUAGCAGCAUGGUGCAGGGUUCCCGCAGCAGCGCCCAGAUGGAGAGGAUGCAGCAGUACCAGGAAGAGCUGAGGAGGAAGCGGGAGGAGGACGCCAACAAAGGGAAGCAUGAAAUCGAUCUCAACGCCUCGCUCAGGCUCAAGAAGUUGGCCCAGAACCCAGCCAAGACGGGUAUCGACAACCCCACGUUCGAAGCGCCUGAGGCAGGCAAGGAGACCAAGGAUGGGAGCCCCCUGCCUGGUGGGGACACAGCUGCGGAGCUGGAAGAUCUGCUGGAGGCCCUACGACGGGUGCAGAGCUGCCUAGUGGACACCCAAUCGCAGGCCGACGUGGCUCUGGUGCUGGGCAUGCUGCACAAGGAGGACUUCCAGAGCGCCUUCACCAUCCACAGUGCCGUGACCCAGCAGAUGCAGCCGCGCGGCAGCCCGCCCUUGCCCCUCACCUCACAGGCCCAGGACCUCUGCCUGGAGGUGCAAUACAUCCUCCAGUCCACUCAACAUAAAGAGGGUGUAGAGCUCAGUAACCUACUCACCACUCCCCACCUCCAGGCUCUGAUACAGGCCCAUGACAGGGUGGCAGAGCAGGAGUUGGAGCCGGACCCAGAAGAGAGUGUGAUUCAGUACAUGGGAGAGACCGUCAAACUGGUGCGGCUGGAGAAGGCCGGUGACAUGCCUCUGGGAGCCACAGUUCGUAACGAAAUGGACAGCGUGGUGGUGAGUCGUGUGGUGAAGGGCGGGACAGCCGAGCGGAGCGGACUACUGGCCGAGGGAGAUGAGAUCCUGCAGAUCAACGGCGUGCCCGUCCGUGGGAAAAACGUCAAUGAGGUCCAUGACCUUCUGACGGAGAUGCAUGGCACUUUGACCUUCCUUCUCAUCCCCAGCUCUCAGAAGAAAACUCCCCCACACAGAGAGACGGUGAUGCACGUGAGGGCGUAUUUUAACUACGACCCAUCUGAUGACCCGUACGUGCCGUGCAGGGAGCUGGGCCUGUCCUUCCGGAAGGGAGACAUCCUCCACAUUAUCAGCCAGGACGACCCCAACUGGUGGCAGGCCUACCGGGAGGGAGAUGAGGACAACCAGCCCCUAGCCGGGCUAGUACCAGGGAAGAGCUUCCAGCAGCAGAGAGAAGCUAUGAAGAAAACCAUUGUGGACAGGAAUCCUGACAGCCCAGGGAAGCUUUGGUGUUCGAAGAAGAACAAAAAGCUGAGGAAGAAAACCAUGUACAACCCCAGCAGCAACGUUGACUACUCCGCCGAUGACAUCCUGACCUAUGAUGAGAUGGCGCUCUACCACCAGCCGGCCAGUCGCAAGCGACCCAUCGCCCUGAUUGGUCCGCCCAACAGCGGGCAGGACGAACUGCGGCGGAGGCUGCUGUCUAUCCAGCCGGACAGAUUCGCCAGCGCUGUGCCACAUACAACGAGAAGCCCACGGAUACAUGAGAAGAAUGGGAGGGAGUACCACUUUGUGACCCGGCUGGCGUUUGAGACGGACGACGCAGCAGGGAAGUUCAUCGAGUCUGGGGAGUACGACAGGAACUUGUAUGGCACCAGCUGUGACUCGGUUCGACAGGUCAUCAACUCAGGCAGGAUCUGUCUGCUGUGCCUGCACACUAAGUCACUGCGGGUGCUCUGGUCCUCCAACCUCAAGCCCUAUGUGAUCUUCAUCGCUCCUCCCUCUCAGGAGCGAUUGCGCACCCUGCUGGCCAAGGAUGGAAAAAACCCAAAGCCAGAGGAACUGAAGGAGCUGAUGGAGAAGGCCUGGGAGAUGGAGCAGGCCUACGGCCACCUGUUUGACACCGCCAUCGUUAACAGCGAGCCAGAAACAGCCUUCCACGAGCUGCUACGGCUCAUUGACAAGUUGGACACAGAGCCCCAGUGGGUACCCUCCUCCUGGUUGUGCUAGGGGUCAGGGUUCACCCUAGAGGUCAAUCCCAGGGAGCCUCAUGAAUGAGUGUGGCCUGGGUCGUGUUCAUUAGGCACCAAACGGAAGAAAACAGAUUGAAACAGGAAGGGACUACAUGGACUCGUCCAAUAAGAACCACCUGUUUUCUUUCAGGAAAAAAAGUACAUGUUUCACUACAGUGUACCCUAAUGAACAUGACCCACAGCUCUGACCCUAAAAGGAAUGGACAAUGAUCGUUGAGGCCACCGUUAGACCCUCGUUGACACAAAAUAGAGGGCCCAUGCCUUCUCUGACCAAAAGGGUGACUUGUCCUUUAACUAGCCUUCUUAUGGUAGGUGGACUUUACAUUUGCAGGGAUGGAUACUGUCUUGUGUAUUUUGUCUGUGUGAAUGUUCUUGUGUCAAUGUCGUCAUCAUUCCAGUAGCCUAUGCAAAGACAUUUAUCCGCAACUGUAGAAAACAUAUUUCAACCUCAAGUUAUUUAUGAUUGUAAAAUGUGUAUUUUUUUUAGAAGAGGUGAUUUACCAUUACCUCAGACCCCAAUGUAAGGUAUACAACACACAGGAGCAAGAUCUCUCAAUGGAGGACCAAAGUGAAGCCGUUUGUAUUCUAAAUAUGGUAAGGUAGUUGCCGUGUAUAAACGAUAGUGUUGUGUUGCUGCGCUUGUAUCAUCAGUAAAGAUCACCUUAGUAGCUAUUGUAUCGAGGGGCUUGAUUCAAUCAUUAUCGCCGGAGAUCUGCGCUAUAGCGUGCUUGAAGUUGUAAUUUUCCGAUUGAGCCGAUACAUGCAGCGUUUAUCGGGAGUCCAGUCACCGCAAACAUGGGAAUGUUGCCUUUAAAUUUCAAUCGCACUGAACUUCAGCGUUACACAUUAAAUCAAGCUCCUAGUUAGGUUGAAUAAUUAGGAGCAGUAGCCUACUUCAACAAUUAAUCUGGCAAACAUUUUUCAUUGGUACUCAAGAAGCUAUCUUCAAUAAAAUUAACAUUUCUCUUGA